AGCUCGAGAGCGAGGGUGCUUGGGAGAAGCCUCGCCCAGCGGCGAUAGAUUAGUCAGGCCUCACAAAGAUGGCGUCCUCGGAGCAGGCAGAGCAGCCCAGCCAGCCAAGCUCUUCAGGAAGUGAAAAUGUGGUGCCUCGAGAACCUUUGAUUGCCACAGCAGUGAAGUUUCUGCAGAAUUCUCGGGUUCGCCAGAGUCCACUUGCGACCAGGAGAGCAUUCCUUAAGAAGAAAGGGCUGACCGAUGAAGAGAUUGAUCUGGCUUUCCAGCAGUCAGGCACUGCUGCUGAUGAGCCCUCGUCCUUGGGCCCAGCCACGCAGGUGGCUCCUGUCCAGCCCCCUCACCUCAUUUCACAGCCGUACGGCCCUGUAGGUUCCCGGUGGCGAGACUAUGGUGCCUUGGCCAUCCUCAUGGCAGGAAUUGCGUUUGGCUUUCACCAGCUCUACAAGAAGUACCUGCUGCCCCUCAUCCUGGGCGGCCGCGAGGACAGGAAGCAGCUGGAGAGGAUGGCGGCGAGUCUCUCGGAGCUGAGUGGCAGCGUGGCCCAGACAGUGACUCAGGUACAGACGACAUUGGCCUCUGUCCAGGAGCUGCUGAGACAGCAGCAGCAGAAGGUCCAGGAGCUGGCCCACGAGCUGGCCGCUGCCAAGGCCACCACAUCCACCAACUGGAUCCUGGAAUCCCAGAAUAUCAACGAACUCAAGUCGGAAAUUAACUCCUUGAAAGGGCUUCUUUUAAAUCGGAGGCAGUUCCCUCCGUCCCCAUCAGCCCCGAAGAUCCCCUCCUGGCAGAUUCCAGUCAAGUCACCGUCGCCCUCCAGCCCCGCGGCUGUGAACCACCACAGCAGCAGCGACAUCUCGCCAGUCAGCAAUGAGUCCACGUCGCCCUCGCCUGGGAAGGAGAGCCACAGUCCCGAGGGCUCCACGGCCACUUACCACCUGCUGGGCCCCCAGGAGGAAGGCGAGGGCGUGGUGGACGUGAAGGGCCAGGUGAGGAUGGAGGUGCAGGGCGAGGAAGAGAAGAGGGAGGACAAGGAGGACGAGGAGGAUGAGGAGGACGACGACGUGAGCCAUGUGGACGAGGAGGACGUCCUGGGGGUGCAGAGGGAGGACCGCCGGGGUGGGGACGGGCAGAUCAACGAGCAGGUGGAGAAGCUGCGCCGGCCCGAGGGCGCCAGCAAUGAGCGCGAGCGGGACUAGGCCUCCCCGUUGCCACCGGCCAGCGGGCCCUGGGCUCUGGCUCUGGGCGCGGUGGGGCACCUGUCCUUGGCUGCAGCAGCGUGGGGGGCACUUCUGCCCACUGGCCGUGUCUUCCCUGAGCAGCGCCCCAGGCCCAGCACCCUCCACUCAGCUCGGCCCGGCCAGUGGCUUUGGCCUUCCUCAGAGCUAGGCUGGGGACACCAGGGCCUCUGAGCCCCUACCCAGCCCCCCAGCGAGGGUCUCGACCACCUGACACCGUGCAUGGCAAGAGCUUGUGGGGUCACCUUCCGCCUCCUUGUGGGGAGAAGCACCGUCCCCUUGGGCUCUGCGGUCCCUGCUCUGUCCUCUGGGCCUGUCCUGUGGCUCUUUCUUUGCUCUGUUUCCAAAAGCCAGAGUCCUGGACCCGCUGUCCCUCGGCGACAGCCUGCCAGGUCCUGCCUGACGGAUGGGCACCUGUCCCCAACCCAGCCCUACGUGCCCUGCCGUCCUCCCCAACUGCGCUUCUGACUGUCCUCGUGGCCACAUUGUGGUUCUGCUAAUCCCGUGGUGAGACCUGAUGUCGCUCUACGGCAGAGCCGGACAGCAGGACCUUCCUGACCAACAGCCACGUCUGUCCUUCCCACCAAGGAACGUGUUCAUUGUGUGAUCAUGUAUAGAUUUCAGGAUAUAAGCUAUGAUUGUACAUAAUUGUAAUAAAACGAGUUGCCACUAUUUAACUCCUGCCUUUGGCCCCCUGUCUGCCGAUGGCUCUCUGCCCCUGGGCAGUGCUCAGAAGCUGCCCCAGGUGAGCCACCAGGAAGGGCCAGAGGGACAUGGGAAGGACCAGGGACCUGGGCAGCCUCUGCCUUCCCGACCCCAGGGGUCCUCCCCCGGCUGCUCACGGAGGGGUUGCUUCCUGGUGCGGAGUCUGCGGGGGCGACCUUCCCCGACAGCAGAAGCCGUGGUGGCUGCGAGGAGACCUGUGCGGAGCGUGGUGAGCUGCUUCCUUAAAUGGAUGCACGCUCCCCAGGAGCCUGUCCUCCUCUCCUCGCCCUCCCUGCCUCCUGUAACCUUCACAAGCACUGAACUGAAACCAGAGCCAGGAGCUCCUGCCAAGGGCCGUGCGCAGCUUGUCUGGGUGGGUCCUGGGCUGCGGGCACUGUCCUGUGUGUGCCUCGUGUGGACACACAGCCUAGAGGGCACAGGCUGCAGCCACCACUGCAGGUGGCCACACAGGCCCCUGGCCAGGCUGGCCAUUGUCUUGGGGAGGAAGAUAUGCCAGCCCAGCUGGGGCACUUGGCCUCGGGCAGUUUUAUCCCAGAAGAGAGAUGUCACACCCCUGCUGCGGACCCACUGAGGCAGCAGUGGCCCUGACCCAUCUGGCCCUGGCUGGCAGGCUUGUCCUCCGUCCCAUAACUUCUCACGACUCUGCUCUGGUCUGCUUCUCUGGCUGUGCAGUCCUUGGGGACCAGCAGAGCCAGGUGGGAGCCAUCCCUGCACGUGUCCUCUUGCUUUGUCCCCUGCCUCCUUGCAUCUCUGAGAAUCAGCUCCUGGGGUGACCAGCCUACCUAGGAGAGGGGGUCCUGCUUUCCCAGAGACCAAGGAAUCCCAGCCUUGGUGGCUGGGCAGACUGACCUUGGCUGCACCAGCAGAGGGCAGGACUUGGUCCCGCCAUGGCAGCUGGUGACAGGGCUUCCCCCUCCGACUGCUGUGUUACUGUCCCUCGUGGUGAGUGAGGACCCCUUGGUUUGAUCACCAUUUGUCAUAGCUGUUAACUUCUGAGGUCCCUCCUAGUGAGACCAGAGAGCAGACGUCCUGGGACAGAGACUUACCAGGGGAAAUGGAGCAGGGGAGGAGAGGUGCUGGCCAUGACCAGGACCGCCUGUCCCCCUCCCCUGAGAGCUGGCCCUGAAAGGGGGCUCACUGCUCCUGAGGUGGGCGGGGCGCCUGUGCCCAGCCUAGGGGGUCAGCAGGGUUGAGAGCCUGGGCGCUGAGGCCUUUGCCCCUCAGGUCCUGAGCAGCACGUUCUGCUUUUGAGGACAGAGUCUGGCGUGACUUCAGGGAGAGAAAAGCCCCUCCCCAGAACGGUCUGAGUGCUGCCUAAUAAAGGCACUGCUGGACCAGGGCGAGCAGCCCUUUGAAAAAGCCUUUCAUUAGAAAAAUAAUGCAUUUCAUCCAAAUAAGGUAAAAAUAUUUGGAAUGGGGCAGAAGUGAGCAGCAGGCAGCCCUGUCAGGCCCUUUCUGGAAGGAGUAGAUUAUUAGACUCAAUUACAAUGUCUUUAUAAAGUGUCGUUUAGGAACGGCCUUCCCAGCGCCUGGAGGCCACGGCCCAGCUGUGCUGACCCUGCAUGGGCUCCCCUCGGACCCUGGGGCCUCCCUAGCACUGGGUGACUCGUUGGAUCUCCCUUGGACAAGGGCAUCUUUGGGAGGGACAGGGUCCCUCACUUGGCUUCUGAGCAGCCCAGGAGGAGGCCAGGCCAGGCCAGGAGCAUCUGGGGCUCGCUGUGGGCCUGACCCGCCUGCGGGGAGACCAUGAGCCAGGCCCAGAGCCGGUCCCCCCGUCUGCGACCCGUAUCCCGUGUCCCGGGACCCCUUGGGUGGGUAAAGGGGGCAUUCUGUGUCACAGGAAGGGGCUUCCAAGUUUGUGUCCAUGGGUGUUGACGUCAUCUUCUUGGGCUGAUGAGGGUGGCCAGUCCGUCGCCUUCUGCUCGGUCUUCGGUUUUGCCCUGCUUCUGUGGUGUGUCUCGUUAUUUGUUUUUAAAAUAAAAACGGGAAACUCCUCCUCA